AUGUAAGAAAUAAUUAUUACAACACUGUUGAAAUUUAAUGAGAUUUUCGAUGCUUUCUAACAAAUUUUCAAGAUUCAUAAUUACAAUUGUAAUCAGCAACGAGAGAUUUUGGAAAAAUGCUUAGAAUAAGAGUAUAUCAGCAGUUGCAUCUAUAUCAGUGUCAAUAGUAAUAAUAAAUUCUUUCCAAAUUACAAGGAUUUAGAAGAGGUAGAGCUCAAAUUUGCUAAGGAAAAACAGUAGCAAGAAAAUUAUCUGAUAGAAUUAAUCGAAAGUAACGUUCAAUGUGAAACAAAAGAAAUUAAAAAACAAUUGGACUCACUCAUCUACACUCAAAGUGAAAAGUUCAAUGAUUUUAAAUCCUUUGUGUCUGAUAUCUAUUUAACCAAAAGCGAUAUUCGUUAAUUCAAAUCUAGUUCUGAUGAGAGGAUUAAUAAAUUAUAAGAUUAAAUUCAAUAAUUCCAAACAAAGUAUGCACUCAAACUAUACACUGAAUAACAUAUUGUAUUUAUUUAAUUUGAUAUUCAGAUCGACAUGAAGUAAGCCAUUUAGUAAUUGCAACAGGCUAAUACUUUAAUUAAAUAAGAUUCUUAAACUUUGCACAAACUUAAUCGAGAUAACAGAUAAACGAUUAAAUAAUAAAAUGAAUAGUUGACAUCAAAAAUUGAAAAUAUUGAAAAGGAGUAGUAUAAAAUCUUUGAAUUUGAGAAAGAAGUUGAUAAAAUGAAGAACAUAAUUUAAGAAUAAAAAUAAGGUAAAUGCUAAGCAAUUAUUUUAGACAAUGAAGUCGUUCAAAGCAAAGUAAAAUCAUUGGCUUAAUUAUUUUAAGAAUUAGAAGUCAAUAAUUCAAAAGUGGUUAAAUUUGAAAUACAUACGGCAUUCAAAAAGGUUGAGGAGGAACUUUUUUACUUCAAAAAUAGGCAAUAAAGCUUUCAAGAUUAAUUAUAAGUAGUAAAAGAGCAAGUUUAAAAAUUUGAAAUUGUCGAAACUUAAUUCGAAAAUAGUUUUAAAAGAAAUAACUUAUCAAAUCGAUGCUUAAAAAUAUUGCACUCCUCUAGCAAUAGUAAAUAUAUAAUCAAAUAAAAAAGGGAGAAAAAUUAAAUUUAAUCUGAUUUACCAAAUAAGGUGGCUAUUUUAUUAUCAAAAGUCUCACUCCUUGAAAAAACAUCCAAAACAGCUUUCGAUCAAUUAAAAAGGAUUAUCGAUGUGAUUUAAGAAUUCUGUGAAACUUCUUAAAUUCCAUCCGACUACAAAGAGAAGGAUCUAACAAAUCUAAUCCUCCUGUUAGAUCGAAGAAUUUUGGAAUAUGGAAAAUCUAUUUAUGAUCAAUAAGUUCAAUCAGUAUAAAACAAUUCAGUUAAAAUAAACACUCCUAGAAUUUCAACAUCAGUAGAUUCACCAUUCAAAGUGGGUAUUUAAAAACAGAAAAAAACGAAAUUAAGUAAGAUGCUAAAUAAGACAUUAUAUUAUGAUAGUAGAAGAGAAACAAUAAUUUGA